CGCCCAUGGUCCGGAGGGCGGCGGGGGGGAUUUGUGGCGCACGCUAUGCUCUUGCCCAGGGCAGGUGGCGGUGACACGUGGGGGAGAAGCCGAGAGGGCUCCGGCCCUACGUGUUUGCUCCUUAAGCCGUAAACUGAGAUCAGCGGAGACGGCUACGAAAGCUCCACGCCGGGUUUUCUGCCGCUCCCCCCUCCGUACACACACAACACGCGGCUGCCCGACUCCGGCUGGCGGGCAGCAGCAGCAGGGCUCUCGCUCGCCUGCUGCUCCUGGGAUGCCACACAGGGAAACCUGGAACAUCACGGAGGGGCUUUAAAAUACCCCUGGUCUGGGGGGAGGGGCAGGGGAGAGGGGUUCCCUGAGAGCAGCAGCCCCGGACUCUGCUUCUCGCCGCUGCGGGAGGAGGAGCUGGGAACACAGGAAACGUGGUGGCCGCACACACUGCAGCAGCCGCGCUGAUUCAUUUAUGCUCGGAGCCUUCACGGGGGGAGGGGACGCGAGGCGAGGCGGCGCUGCCUGUCUCCAGCCUGGGGAAGGCAAAGCGCCCUGCAUCCGCCGUCCCGGAGGAGAGAGGAGACGAGCCACGGGCACCGGGCGCUGCUGCCUCCCACCAGCAUCAUGCAGUCUAGGGGCCGCUUGAGAGACUGAGCCCACAGCAAACGAGCCUGCCGAGUGUCUCCGCAGAAUUUGGUUUCGACCAUUGACUUUAAGGCGGAAAGAAGGAGGCUGGAGACUGUUACCCAGACAGUUCCUUUGUGGGUCCAGCUGGAGUCUGAAGCCUGCCCUCCCUCAGUGCCCUGCGUUAGCAAUAUGAAGGAGCAGCACUCAUGUGUGGGCACUGGGCAUCUGAGCAUGGCUGGAGGAGGCCUACCAAAAACUGGCCAGCGAGACCCUGGAGGAGCUGGACUGGUGCCUGGACCAGCUGGAGACCCUGCAAACCAGGCACUCCGUCAGUGAAAUGGCCUCGAACAAGUUUAAAAGAAUGCUCAACAGGGAGUUGACCCACUUAUCUGAAAUGAGCCGAUCAGGCAAUCAGGUCUCAGAAUAUAUAUCAAACACAUUCUUAGACAAACAACAUGAAGUGGAAAUCCCUUCUCCAACACAGAAAGAGAAAGAGAAAAAGAAGAGGCCUAUGUCCCAGAUCAGUGGAGUGAAAAAACUGAUGCACAGCUCUAGCUUAACUAAUUCCAGUAUCCCCAAAUUUGGUGUUAAAACAGAACAAGAAGAUGUUCUUGCUAAGGAACUAGAAGAUGUGAACAAAUGGGGCCUGCAUGUUUUCAAAAUAGCAGAACUAUCUGGAAACCGACCUCUGACAGUCAUUAUGCAUACCAUUUUCCAGGAACGGGAUUUGUUAAAAACAUUUAAAAUUCCAGUAGACACUUUAAUAACUUACUUGAUGACCCUAGAAGACCAUUACCAUGCAGAUGUGGCAUAUCACAACAAUAUACAUGCUGCAGAUGUUGUUCAGUCUACCCACGUACUGCUGUCAACCCCAGCUUUGGAGGCAGUGUUCACUGAUCUGGAGAUUCUUGCAGCAAUUUUUGCCAGUGCAAUACAUGAUGUUGAUCACCCUGGGGUUUCAAACCAAUUUCUUAUCAACACAAACUCUGAACUUGCCUUGAUGUACAAUGACUCAUCGGUACUGGAGAACCAUCAUUUAGCUGUGGGUUUCAAGUUGCUACAGGAGGAGAAUUGUGACAUUUUCCAGAAUUUGACCAAAAAACAAAGACAAUCACUGAGGAAAAUGGUCAUUGAUAUUGUGCUUGCAACAGACAUGUCUAAACAUAUGAAUCUGUUGGCUGAUUUGAAAACUAUGGUUGAGACCAAGAAAGUGACAAGUUCUGGGGUUCUGCUUCUUGAUAACUAUUCAGACAGAAUUCAGGUUUUACAGAAUAUGGUACACUGUGCAGAUCUGAGCAAUCCAACCAAGCCACUCCAGCUCUACCGCCAGUGGACGGACAGAAUAAUGGAAGAGUUCUUUCGUCAGGGAGACCGGGAAAGAGAGAGGGGCAUGGAGAUAAGUCCCAUGUGUGAUAAGCACAAUGCAUCUGUAGAGAAAUCACAGGUGGGGUUUAUAGACUACAUUGUUCAUCCUCUCUGGGAGACAUGGGCAGAUCUUGUUCACCCUGAUGCCCAGGAUAUCUUGGAUACCCUGGAGGACAAUCGUGAAUGGUACCAGAGCACAAUCCCUCAGAGUCCUUCUCCUGCACCUGAUGACCAGGAGGAGGGUCGGCAGGGCCAAACUGAAAAAUUCCAGUUUGAACUAACAUUGGAGGAAGAUGGUGAAUCAGACACUGAAAAGGACAGUGGAAGUCAAGUGGAAGAAGACACCAGCUUUAGUGACUCCAAGACUCUUUGCACCCAGGAUUCAGAAUCCACUGAAAUUCCUCUUGACGAGCAAGUAGGCGAAGAAGUGGAAGGGGAGGAGAGCCACCCAGAGCCUUGUGUACUAGAGGAAGGUCAUUCUCCUGACACGUAACAGUGUGAAGACUCAGUUUCUUUCUCUCUGUCUCUUUGUCUCUCUCUCUUUUUUUUUAAUUAGAAAAUGGUUUCCAAAGUGCAUAUCAUAUGCCACAACCAUGGUCACACCUCACUGUCACCUGCCAGGACGUAUGUUGAUCAAAACUGACCUUAAUUACUCAGUUUGGCACUCAGGAAUAUUGUAACCACAAUUUCACCUCCAUGGCAUCAGAGAGCAAAGGGGAAAACAUCCAUGAACAGCAUCUUAAUAAGAUCUCCAUUUGGCAGAUUUGAUUGAAGAAAUCAGGUCUCUAAAGUGGUUUCAAAGGAAUACGGCCUACCAGCAAAAGGCUGGUGUGCAUUGGGUCUUUUGUUUUGUUUUGUUUUUAUUUACAAGCAAGGCAUUGAGUAACAUUCAUCAUCAGAGUUUUAAGAAAACAGCCAGAGAAUGAACUGAGGUUCCUAAUGGAAAACAAAUGCACAUGAAUAAUGGGACACAACAUGAAUCUGUUACCUGUAGGAAGAUGAGCUGUGGAAAUUGCAUAAUUUUCUAAUUUCAAGUCUUCCUAAUACAUGACUGAAAAAAAAAUAAAGUGUGACCAAGCGGGUUACACUGACCUCUGCAUUUUGUAUUAUAUGUAAAACAGAGAUCUUUUGUAGAGCUUACUUUUAUUAUUAAAUGUAUUGAGGUAUUGUAUUUAAAGAAAAAAACACCUUCAGAACUUCAUCUGCCACUGGUUAUUUUUUCCAAAGAGUAACUUGCAAGUUUUCAGUACAAAUCUGUGCAACACUGGAUAAUACUUCUAGUUAUCUAGUUAUAGAUUUUAUUUUUAGUUUUGCACGUUAGAUUUUUAUAGCAUUGAUUUGAGCUAUAAAAAUCCAUUGUUUUAUAUACCAAUGACUUCCGUGAAAUAUUUUUGUUUAUGUUGCAGGAAACCCUUUCAGUAGGACGGAAUUCAUUUUAUGUUUCUUUUUAUUAUAAUUUUUUCAGACAAACAACAGAAGUCUGCAUUGUCCUUUUGUCCUCACAGUGGAGCUGACCCUGCAAUCCCACCCUUAUUCCCACAAGUAGUGCCACUGAAACCAAUGGGACCACUCAAGUCAGGAAUUGCAGGAGUGGGCCCAGUAUGAAAAAAUGAUGAACCAUCUUUUUAUAUAAACAUAACACUUCUCUUUGCUUAAUAAAAUUAGUUCCAUUAGAAUAUCACUCUGAGGCUGAGAACUGAAGAUCACUAAAUAAGAACAACCUAUUUGCUGUGGCAAAACAGUAGAAUCUUUCCUAUUUUGUCUCCCUUAAAACUUAUUUUGUGUCAGCAGUUUAGGCAGUAGUUUCUGAUUAGCUGGAGCACAUGCUCACCUCAGAAGUGUGUGUGUAUGUGUCUUUAAAAAUAAUCUUUAGCAUAUUUUUCAAAACUCCUUUUCCUUGCACGAAGAGCCAGAUCAUAAAGUUUUUUUAAAAAACAAGCCAGUAAUGCUUGGAAAAGUUUGGAUUUCCCCCCACAUUACUUCACAAUUUCAAAAUGUUUCUCUUCCUAUGUCCCAGUUGUGCUGAAAGGAUCCUACUUGAAAUCUGAUCAGUACCUAAGCCUUCAGUAACUUGGAAAGAAAAAGAGGUUUUAUAGAGUCAUGCUUGUCAUUAUGCAUUUCUACUGAUAGGUCAUGUGUAGUGGGAAGGAAUUUAUCUCCUAUGGUUGACUCUUUAUUAAGACUAAUUUUGAUGAGUGAGAUUGGGAAAUGGUUGCCUAGGAAAACAAACAAGAUUCCUUCUGUCACAAAUUCUGAUCGAAUGACAAAGCAUAGGUGACUUCUUGACAAGAUGAAAUGGAAAUGGCACUUAUUUCCUUUGCUUGAGUUCAGUUGAACCUGUGAAUUUAUAGGAAAUGAAAAAGGGGUAUACCAAUUUCAAAGAUCUAGGAUACAAACCCAUUUAAAAAACUUUGGAUAAUGGUUUAGCUUUUAAAGCAUUUUGCAUUUUUCUGUCUCCAGGUUGUAGGUUUAUCUGCCUUUAGCCCUGAAAGGGCUUUAUCUGAGAAGAUACCAAAGGGGAAAAGUGAAAUGGAGAGAUUUCGCCAUGCUGAUAGGAGCUUCAGGCUCAUUUCUUUCCCUCACCAUCUCCCCCUAAGCUCCCACUCCCAUCUAAAAAUCCUUUCAAUCCCCAAGAGUGCCUGGAAUCUUAAUAAUGAAAAAAAGCAAUAUAAAUUCCAAAAAUCAGUAUGGACCUGAAAGGGUUUUACAUCUGCACUAAUUGAAAACAAAUAGGCGUAAAGAAUAUGCCACCAUAUUGUGAAAUAUAUACCCAUACACAUGGACAAUCAAAUAGUAGAAAAAUACAUGAUUUCCUAGAGCCAGGAAUCUAAUGCACUGUACAAUCUUUUUUUUUCUUUGCUGAAGUGUGCUUUGGCAUUGCACACUGCUUUAAAAAUAAUACAAUUAAAAGUGGCUUUACAUGUUCUAAAUAUUUUUGCCAUAAGAAAGUGCAAUGAGUUGGGUACUGAAUGGGAAAAAAAGAAAAACCUGCAUUUGCUUAUAAGAGUACACUUUAGCUUGCAAGUUACUGUACUCAGUAAUGCUGUGUUGUUAUUUUUAAUUGUUUUUUUUUGUUAAAAGUUAUGAGCGAAUACAGGUAGAACAAAUUGCAUUCAAAGGUUUUUAAAAAAAACUUGAAUGAAAUGGAUUUUACAGAAAGCUUUGACAAUUCUUUUAAAAUGCAUUAUUUAUUUUAUUUUGUGCCAUGCAUUUUUCUCACCAAAUGACCUUACCUGUAAUACAGUCUUGUUUGUCUCUGUUUACAACCAUGUAUUUAUUGUAAUGUACAUACUGUAAUGUUAAUUGUAAAUUAUCAGUUCUUAUUAUAACAUCAUCCUUGACAGGUUGGUGUUGCUAUAUUUGGAAACUCUUGGUGAGAGAAUGAAUAUUAUGUAUACAUACUCCUUGUACAUUUUUUCUCCUGUAAUAUAUUAUAUGUCACCUUAGAGCUUGUUUAUGGAAGAUUUGAGAAAAACUAUAAAAUACAUAAAGAUAUAUAAAUAAAAAAGCUGCAGGUCUUUGGUCCCAGGGCUGUGCCUUAACUUUGAACAAUAUUUUCUUCUGUUUUGCUGCAUUUGAAAGUAAGGUAGUUGUGGGGCUAGGGCUGGGCAUUCCUGCAAUAUUUUUAGUCGUUAAUUGAUUUGGUCACUGGCACAAGCUAGUAUGUACAGUACUACAACCUCUUUUCAUGAAUGGCCCCAUUUGAAAGUCAAACUUGUCUAUACCUACAGUAGUGUAAUUGCAUUGUCUACCUGAUUGUUUUCUUUCCACUUUUGAAGACUAUAAUCAGGGAUUACUUCAGCCAUUAUUACCUGUUCCCUUUUUGAAGUUAACACAGUCAUUUGAAACAGUACUGCACAAAUGUGCUAUACACAUGGGACAGUUGUAAUAACUCAUUUGACUCUUAGGCACACAGGAAAAUGAAUUAAUCAGAAUUCAUGUGCAUUAUUAUUUUGACAACUCUCCUUCAUCUUCCUUCCUUAUUUAGAUGUACAGGAAGUACAGUACAGUACUGUAUAACCAUAAUCCAUAGAGUAGUGCAAAAGACAACUUGAAAUCUUGGAAAUGUUUCCAACAUUAAUAUUAGUGUUACAAGCAGCCAAAGCUUUCCUCUUUUGUAGAUAUACCUAAGGCUUUUGUACACAUGUGCAUAGUGUAGAUGCACUAGGUGUAAAGCACGACUGUAACCCUUUAAAUAACACUAGUAUUAAUUUUGCAGAAUUGGCCUCUGCUAAGCAUCCCUUGCCACUUAAACACCACAGUUGCUGUAGGCCAGUUAGCAAUUAAGUUGCUAGUAUAAGAUAGAUACCUCUUUUCCAUUCCAUUGAUGCCCAGCCCUUGUAACAUAUGACUGUUCAGUGAAAGGAGAGAUUCUUUUUCAAGGAAAAACAGAGCCUCCUUUUUGACACAAACUGUAGAUUUUAGCAGCCCUGGCCCAAAGGAAUUUGAUUGCUUUUGUUUUAAACAGUAUAAAAGGGACACUAUAAUAACAGAAAUCCUGAACAAUUUUUGUUAUUGUUUUAAUUUGGUUUUUCCUUUGGGUAUGUCUUUAGACUGGCAACUUGUGUGAACAUUGCAAAUGAUUAGUCUUUCAAUGGUUUCUUAGCCUCUCUUACAGCCUAUGGAGUAGUACUGUACAUCAAUACCUUCAUAUGAAAUUUUUAUAUGCAAUGGAAAUAAAAGCAUGGGUUGAUUCUGCCUA